AUGGAAAAUGCUACAAAUGAGCAAACAGAAGAAAGACAAACUGAGGAAGGAAUACAUAGAAACAAAAUUCCUGAAGCUUAUAUUGAAGAACUUACUAAAGCUAGCGCCAACCUCCGUACAGGUUCUACAUUAGCAGAUUUUUAUAAAGAUUUGGAGCAAUAUACUCCAGCAAUUCCUGAUGCUGUAGCUCUUUAUUAUAUGAAAAAGAAUGGAAUAACCAGUCCAGACCCGCGUGUUGUUCGCCUUUUUUCGUUGGCAACUCAAAAAUUUAUUUCGGAUAUUUGUUUGGAUGCUAUGCAACAGGUCAGAAAAAGGGGUCAACCCUGA